AUGGGAUUUUUGUAUUAUUUGCUUAAGGAUGUCAGCGAGAAACAGCCUUACAAGGUGGGUAAAAAUGACUUAAAACAGUUUGUUGACACUGUACUUUUUAAGAAAUUAUCCACCGGGCGUAAGGGUUUUGAGGUCAUUGAGCGGGUGGCGGGGAAGGUGGGGGAGUAUAAUGGUAAAGUAAAAACGUCGAAUGAAAAUGUUACCAGGCCUAUAAUUAAGCUUCGAGCAGACAUGGAGAAACUUGAAAAUGAGGUAAGUAAAAUUUUAGAAAAUGACGCUGUUUCAGGUGCGACCAAGAAAUCCGUACAGGCUGUGACGUACAGUGAGGAGCAGGUCAAGCAAGCUGUUAUCGACAUUAAUAAAUUACUUAACGAUUGUAAAUUUCAUGGUAAAGAUUAUAACAAUCAUUUAGACAUGGCGCACAAUAGUGAGAACAUGAAAAACGCAAUUAAUGAUCUUAAUUUUAAAUUACGUGACCGUGACGAUCUAUGA